UAAAGCUGUUAUUAUUAUUAUUAAGAUAAGAUUCAGAUACUGACUAUAAGAGAACAGGGGAAAUCCACGCCUGAAGAAUAAUUUAAUUCACUUAGAUGAGUUGAAUUAAAUGCCUGACAAUGAAGAAUUACGUGUAUAAACGACCAAAAUAAUGUCUAAACCUCUUUCUUGUGUUAUUAUUAUUAUUUUUUAAAAUAGAAUUCAUUAACAUUAACAUUCAGUAUUUCAAAAAGUACAAAUUCCACCGAUAGUUCUCCGUCUUCUCCUUCAAGAACCAGUAAAAUACAAUCACAAAAAGAACAAAUAAGUCCAGGUCAAUUUCCAGAUGCUUUGAUGAAUACUGAUCAUUUUCAUCGUAAACACUUAAAUCCACUUAAUAAUCCUGUGCUUCAUGUUUUGGCUUUGAAAAAUUCAAAUAAUUUUAAUAAAAAUCAACUUCCAGACUAUGCACGUAAAGAAUUAAAGAAAUUAAAAGAAAAGUUAAAAGAAAAUCAUCACAAAUCUGUCAACAAUAUUGUACAUUCGCAUAGUCUUGAAGCCUUGGCUACUAGUCUUUCUGGUAGUUCAUUACCAUCAGUCAAAGUAAAACAAUCUAAUGUGAAUAAUUCUCCGCGAAAAUAUCAUCCAGUCAAAUCAAAGUCUCCUGGUGUUGAUAUUAAAUUUAAUGAUGAAUCGUCUAAAUCAUUAGGCGAAGUUAAACCAAAAUUAUCAACACAUGAACCGACAAAAAAGUUGACUUCAAAGAAAAAAAGUAAGUGCUACAUUAGUUUCGAUUUGUUUUUCUGGUCACAAGGUUUGAGGUCACAAGUAAUUGUGUAAGCCAUUCAAAGUCACGUUGGACCACUGACUAGCUACAAUCCCGAUAUGCUUAUUCUAGUGUAUUUGAAUGAUUUAAUAAAA